UCGUCAGCGCGUGACCCCGGUGGGGACCUGCUUCCCCUUCGCCUCCCAGCGGGGCCACCCACACCAGCCCCACCUCGCCGUCACCUCCUGGGGUGAGCAGGGCCACCCCCAGCCGUCGCCUUUAACAGGCCCGUGUCCCCGCGUGUCCCAGGUGAAGGGUGGCUCCACCUCGUCCCUCCCCUCGGCGCCUUCCUUGUGCCUGUCACUGGGGAUUAGCGCAGGGACAGCCCCCGCCUUGGGGACAGGGACAGGGCCAGGGCCACCCGCCACCUCGCCUGGAUGUAGGAGGCCCAGGCGGCCAAGGAGGACCAAGGGUGGCAUCCCACAUCACUGCAGUGGGUGAGGACGGGGACCCCCCCACGCCACACCAGCCCUCGGGGGCACCAUGAAGGACCGGCUGGAGCAGCUCAAGGCGAAGCAGGAUGCAGACGAUGACACCGAUGAGCUGGAGAUCGCUGUCGACAACACGGCGUUCAUGGAUGAGUUCUUCGCAGAGAUUGAGGAGACCCGGCAAAACAUUGAUAAGAUCUCGGAGAACGUGGAGGAAGCCAAAAAGCUCUACAGCAUCAUCCUCUCAGCCCCCAUCCCUGAGCAGAAGACCAAAGACGACCUGGAGCAGCUGACGGCAGAGAUCAAGAAAAUGGCCAACAGCGUCCGCAACAAGCUGAAGAGCAUGGAGAGGAACAUCGAGCAGGAUGAGGCACGCUCCUCCGCUGACCUCCGGAUACGCAAGUCCCAGCACUCGGUCCUGUCCCGCAAGUUCGUUGAUGUCAUGACCAAGUACAACGAGGCGCAGGUUGACUUCCGGGAGCGCAGCAAGGGCCGGAUCCAGCGCCAGCUUGAGAUCACCGGCAAGAACACGACUGAUGAGGAGCUGGAGGAGAUGCUGGAGAGCGGGAACCCCUCCAUCUUCACCUCGGGGAUCAUGGACUCGCAGAUCUCGAAGCAGGCGCUGAGCGAGAUCGAGGGGCGGCACAAGGACAUCGUGCGGCUGGAGAGCAGCAUCAAGGAGCUCCAUGACAUGUUCGUUGACAUCGCCAUGCUGGUGGAGAACCAGGGUGGGCUGCUGGAUAACGUGGAGCAGCACGUGAUGCACACGGCUGAGCACGUGGAGCAGGCAAACCAGCAGACCAAGAAGGCGCUCCAUUACCAGGGCCAGGCGCGCAAGACUCUUCCAAACAUCCCAGCAGUGAUGUCUCCCAGCUGGACCCUCCCUGGCACCACAGCCUGGCCCCCUCCUCUCCCUGCUUCUCCCGGACCUGCUGCCCUCAGCCCCUGUGUGCUGGCUCCUGCCCUGGGCUCCGGCUCAGCACCACCGCCCGUCCCUCCACGGAGGGGUCCUGUCACCGGAGUGCUCUCCCCUGCCAGACCAUGCCCUGCUGGUCCUUGGGGUCUGCCCGCGCUUGUCCUCAUGUCCCCUGUGGGAAGGGGACAGGACUCAACUAUUUAUUUUCCCUUUGCUGAUAAACCAACAUCUUCUGGUCCCCCAUCUCUUGCCGGGGGGAGCGAGGGGGCCAGGGCCCAUGCCAGCACCGUGACACUGCAGGGACAUGGCAGCCAGUGCUGCAGCUCAAGCAAGGAGCAGAGAUGAGGUGCCUUGCUCGGGGCAGACAAGCACCUCAUGGCACCCCAGAAGGACAAGGGAUGGGAAUACGGUCAGGACAGGGGGUUUGGUGGCACCAGCAGGUGUCGGUGGGCCUGGCCAUGCUUUGCCGUCUGUUGUGCCAUGGCAGACGGAGCUGCAGGGGACCCUGUCCCCUCUUGGCCUUAAUGUCUGUGGCUGGCACAUGCCCCGGCGGCGACCGCCCCAGUGCUGCGGUGAGCCAGGGCAGGAGUAUGUGGCAGUCGUGGUUAUUUAAUUCCCGUUAAAUAAAGAUCCCUGCUGAUGCCUGCCCUGCA